AUUUGCGAAUCCGGUGCAAUUGGCAAAUCGAUUCCCGGACACAGAAGAUGAGUGAGGAGACGGGUGCCAGCUGCUCUUUGCUUGUGCUGGGCGGCAACGGAUGCUUGGGUGCAGCAGCCCUGGAAGCACUGCUGCUGCUGCCAGUUGAAAGCCGGCAGCGCCCCAUCGGUCCCAUCAUCACCGCAAACCGAGGACGGCAUGACUGGUUGUUGCCGCCUGAGGUGGAGGCAAACCAGCACCACGUAAAACUAGAUCGCAAGAAGAAAAAGGGACUGGAUAGACUGCGCAAAACGUUGCAAACGUACAGCAGACGCGAUGCUGGUUGUAGAUGGACCGUUCUUGAUUUCAGUGGCUACAAGCCCGCCUGGGUCAACGACGUGUUUGAGCACGUGCUUGUGGACGACAUAUCCGUGGAGCGAUAUAUCUUCAUCAGCACAGACUCUGUGUAUGAGGUCUGCGCCGGAGCCGAGGAGCGCUCGCGCUCUCAUGGUGAAGAACGUGAAGUUCACGAGCACAUGGCGACGCGCCCAGCCAAUACCAAAGCAAGGAAACGACUCAAACGGAGGGACAGCUAUGGGCAUGCGAAGUUGAAGGCGGAAAAGGCGGUGCGACAGCAGUGCGCGGCCCGCCGUAUUCCCCACCUCAUCCUUAGGCUUGCAGAUGUGAUUGGGCCUCGUGACAGCACAGACCGGUUCAUUGCAUUUGCGGCCAACGCCAUCGCGUCGCACCACCUGCGCCUGCCAUUACUGCUUCCGCGUGACGUUGCAGACAAGCGGGUUCGCUUCGUGUAUUCGCACGACGUGGCCAUACUCGUUGCGCGGCUCGUGACACAGCCACACACCGUCCCUGAUCACGCAUGGCACGACCCACAGCACACGGCCGUAAAUCUCGCCUGUGAGGACGCCAUCACCGUUCGUCAGUUUGUCAAAUACAUUGCAGACGCGUGCGCUGCUGACCCGGAUGUCCUUGUGCACGCGUCGGCUGUGCAGUAUUUUCCCUCGAUAACGGGCCCACCCGUCUCCGUUGUACACGCGCGGGAAACACUCGCAUGGGCACCGACGCCAAUUGCACGCGCAAUUCUCAACACCUGCACCGCCAUCUUCCAGCGCUUGGACGAACCCGAGUUCGAGUGCGCGGUGAAUGCAUGGAUCGAUGACAUGAAGGAGAUUGUGAAGGAGAUACAGAGCAGCGACAACGAUGAUGAUGAUGAUGAUGAUGAUGAUGAUGAUGAUGAUGAUGAUGAUGAUGAUGGUCGUGGUGACAACAAUCGUGAGGGUGUCAAACAUGGCAGCGAACAGAGGAGAAAAGCAUGUGCAGAUGACAGCGGCGACAACAACAACACCGCAUCAAUGGCAUCCACUUCUUCAUCACCUCGCAAGAGAUCGAAAGUGACCCAACGCCGUGCUGUCACACCCUUCGCCGUCCCCUCUGCUCGUGAACUUGUCCAGCUCAUCCGAGAGCACAUUGCCGCCAAGAGCAGCUCGCUAUGCGCACAAGUGCCACCAUGACAACCGUUGCAAGCACAUAAUGCUUCCAUUGCAACGUGCAGAUCCACAUGAUGUUGUGAUCGUGCACAUGCACACUCCCCUGUCAAUUCUGUAGUCAACUCGUCUUGGAUGCCC